AUGGACCGCUUCGCACGCAGCGGCAUCGCCUCGGGCGGCACCAACGACACGCGCCCGGCCUACUUCAAGGCCGUCGGCAUCUCCCUCGCCAUCGGAUCCGGCCUCUUCAUCGGAACCUCCUUCGUCCUCAAAAAGGUCGGCCUGCUCAAGGCCAACGAAAAGUACAACGAGGUCGCCGGCGAGGGCUACGGCUACCUCCGCAACGCCUUCUGGUGGUCCGGCAUGAUCCUCAUGAUCGUCGGCGAGGUCUGCAACUUCGUCGCCUACGCCUUCACCGACGCCAUCCUCGUCACGCCCCUCGGCGCCCUCUCCGUCGUCAUCACCACCGUCCUCUCCGCCGUCUUCCUCAAGGAGCGCCUCAGCAUGGUCGGCAAGGUUUCCUGCUUCCUCUGCAUCGUCGGCACCGUCGUCAUCGUCAUGAACGCGCCGCAGGAGUCGUCGGUCGCCAACAUCUCGGCCAUGCAGGACUACUUCAUCCAGCCCGGCUUCCUCACCUACGCCGGCCUCAUCCUCGUCGGCUCCGCCGUCGCCGCCUUCUACGCCGGCCCCCGAUGGGGCAAGAAGAACAUGCUCGUCUACAUCUCCAUCUGCAGCUGGAUCGGCGGCCUCAGCGUCGUCUCCACCCAAGGCCUCGGCGCCGCCAUCAUCGCCUGGAUCGGCGGCGAGCCCGAGUACAAGCACUGGUUCCUCUGGGUCCUCUUCGUCUUCGUCAUCGGCACCCUCCUGACCGAGAUCGUCUUCCUCAAUAAAGCCCUGAACCUCUUCAACGCCGCCAUCGUCACGCCGACCUACUACGUCUACUUCACGAGCACCACCAUCAUCACCUCCACCAUCCUCUUCCGCGGCUUCAAGGGAACCCCGACCUCCAUCGUCACCGUCGUCAUGGGCUUCCUCACCAUCUGCUCCGGCGUCGUCCUCCUGCAGCUUUCCAAGUCGGCCAAGGACGUGCCCGACACGGCCGUCUUCAGCGGCGACCUGGACCAGAUCCAGACCAUCGCCGAGCAGGAGCAGCCGGAGUCGGAGCCCAAGGCGGAUGCCAUCCGUGGCGCCGCCGCCAUCGUCCGACGCCUGUCGCAGGCGAGGCAGCGGAUGGAGGCCCAGGAGCUCAAGCGCCUGCACGAGGAGAAGCUGGCCGAGGGCAUGCAACCCAUCGACGAGGACGGUCAGCCGCAGUACGAGUGGGACGGUCUGAGACGCCGGAGGACCAUGGCGAGCAGCGUCCGCCUGCGAUCGGCCACGUCGCCUCCCACGUCGCCCGCCCUCCAUCCACCCCUGGGCAUGUCGCGCUUCCCCCGCGACGACGACGACGACGACGGCCAGCAACGCGUGGGAGUCCUGCCCACCAUCCGGAGCGUGACCCGCGGACGCUCGGGCACGGAAGCGUCCGGAUCCUUGCAUGGCGACGACGACCACACGGACUACGGCGAGGCCCGAAGCCCGAUGCUUCCCGUGCCGCUCACGGACAUUGUCGUUCACCCGCACCAGUCGUACCACCCGAUUCCGUCUCCCGACGAACCGCUUCCGGGACGAGCGCUGCACGACCAAGACACGGCCUACCGCGGCGCCCGGCGGGAUGUGGCUCCGAGCCUCGCACCCGCACCGCCGCCGCAGUCGGCUCGGCGGCAGUUUUCCUUCCAGAGAGUAUUUCGACGAAACGCGGAUCCGACAGAGGAGGAGCGGCUAGGGCUUGUCAAGGAGUCGUCCAGUGACGCCAGGGAUCCGGAUGGAGACGGACCACCGGGCUCCUCGGUCGACGCGACGAAAUGGACCAUCGGCAACCAUCGACUCACCGUUAUGACAACCGUUGCCUUUGAUCCGACAGAUGCAGGCUCGUCAACACGGACGACGUUUCGAAGACGCAUGGGCGUCAUGUGCUGCCGGGAGAGGCCUCUGCUGCUGGUCAAGUCUGGAUAA